AUGGACUUCCAAUAUGAUCUCGAUGCAGAGGAGAACCGUUUAGACAUAGAUGAGGUCGGGGAUAGACAUGCUAGUGAAGGUGUAGCUGCAAGCCGCCGAGAACUGCCACGGCCGGCCGUUCCUCCUCCGGUCUCCAAACGGGUUCGUACCAAAGGACCGGGACAUGUUGAGUCAGCUAACAUGUUGAAGCGGUGCAUUACAACGAGGUCCCUCGAAAAACAAUACUCAGUACGAGAAAGAGCUUCCAUUGGAGAAUCAUUCCAGAGAGUGAACAUCAAGCCUUCCGUGCAGCUGAAGAUCAUCAGUUUCAAGAGCACCUUGAUCACAAGGUUCGCGUAUCGCGACAAGGCUUGGUCUCGAAGACGUAUCGACAAGAAUGUUCCUUGGAAGCACAAAGCUCGGUUAGUGACUGGAGGGCACCGUGAUCCUGACGUGGAAUCCUUGCAGACUGACGCUCCAACGAUCAACCGACUCACGGUGCUGACACUACUGCAACUCGUCUCAAGUAGGAGGGCUUCGGCUUCUUGGCAGGCAUCCGCCGGUGAUAUCACCGCGGCAUUUCUCAACGGAGACCCAUUAGAGCGCGACUUGUGGCUCUCUCAGCCGCGCACCGGACUCAAGGACCUGCACCCAGAACAGUUGCUGAAGAUUACGAAAGGGGUUUUCGGCUUACCUGACUCCCCUCCUCGUAAGUGCUGGCGACGGCUAAGAGAUGAUCUUUUAGGCUUGUGCAUUGAGAUCCAGGGGAAGCAAUAUCGUUUCUUGCAAAAUCCUUUAGAUCCAUGCCUGUUCCAGCUUGUCUUUGCCGACAGCGACAGUGUCAGUUAUCCCAUUGGAUACAUUGGUGUCCACGUGGACGACUUGCUCGUUAAUGCGGACCCGGAGACGAUUGACAACUUUGAGUACUUGGGAUCAAGGGUCUCAGUCUCCGACGAGGGUGUCUUCCUCUCUCAGCAGGCGCAUGCAGAGGGUCGACUCUUUGAGAUCCCCGUCGACCGUACUCAGAAGGACGAGGACGAUGCCACCGAGGAGCAACGGGUCGCGGAGCUCUUUCUUGGUUGGCAUCGCAAUCCAAAACCGACCUUCAAUCUGGAGUGUCUCUCGCGCAACAGCUGCACCAGCAACCUACGGCAGGCGACGUUCGCCUCACCAACCUCCUGGCGAGACGCGCUUGGGAUCACGAAGACAAAGGGAUGUGGUUAA